UGACCUUUGACCUUCCGCAGGUAACAGUUACUCACCUGUAUGACGCAGGUAACAAUUUCACCUUCUUAACACCUGUUGAUCAUCCCUCUAGAGACAAGACUGACCACUACACAGGGGCUGAGAGGCUACUGAAAAGACCAUGGCGUCCCCUGGACCGUUGUUAGUGCUGGUGAUGCUGGCAUGCUGUUGGUCAGAGGCGCACACUUCUACGUUGUCCCGUGGGUCGGCCGUGGACGAGAGUUCUGGGCGGGAGUUCGUUAAGAACGGCGUAACAGGAGGUACUGACGCGCCCAAAACAUCUACGAUAUUUCCUGACGAGGCCACUCCGUCCCACUUCUUGGGGACAUCGUCGUCAAAACCCAAUGCGACAGUGGGUGGCACGACAUCCGGUACACCGCCAAAUGCAACGGAUGUUCACACUAUACCACCCAAUACAACCCAUGUUCACACUACACCAAAUGCAACUGAAGUCUACACUACUGCACCUAUUACAACCCACGUCCACACUACACCGACAAAUACAACAUAUGUUUACACUACAACCCACGUCCACACUACACCACCAAAUGCAACCAAUGUCUAUACUACUGCACCGAAUACAACCGACGUUCACACUACAUCACCAAAUACAACUCACGUUUACACUACUCCAUCCAAUACAACCCAUGCUUACACUACACCAAAUGUAACCGACAUCUACACCACUUCACCCAAUACAACUCAUAUUCACACUACACCACCAUAUACGACGCUACCCAAUACUACAUCUUCAGUGAAAACCACACGGAUUCACACCACUUCAUCAGCUAAUACCACAGCGCCUCCCACUACCAACAUUCACACAACCUUGCACGUCCCUACCACGACUGUCCCAGGACCCAUAUCCGGAACGUGGUACGUCAAUCAGUCAGGAGAACCCUGUCUCAUCCUACAAGCCGCCAUCACAAUCAACAUCACGUACUCCACAUCUCCAUCCACCGCCUCAGCCGUCCUGGUCAGUCUGCCCCAGUCUGCCGAGUCAAGCGGUAACUGUGGACCGAACACUUCUCACAUAACACUUGGACUACAGAGUGGCCACUUCAACUUGACUUUUACCUUCGGCGCCAACGUAACCGUCAAUGGUCUGAAAAACGCGUUCAUGUUGUCUCAAGUCAACCUCGGGUACGUUUUGGAUAAGAACAUGUUUCCCGACUCUGUCGCCGACAAACCCGUCCUUGUUCAGUACUCUAAUUUUUCCAACGCGCAUCUUUCGGCCUCGAUGGGCUCGUCCUUAAAAUGCGAUGCAGAACAGUCCUUCAGCCUUGACCGUAAUCACGUGCUAAGCAUUAGCCAUGUCCAAGUUCAGCCGUUUUCUGUGCAGGACGGAAAGUUCAGCAAAGCAGAGACAUGUCCGGAGGAUGGCGACAAGGGUUCGCACUACAACUUGGGCGUGGCGGUCGCUCUUUGUGUGACAGUCCCGGUCAUCUUCAUGGCCGUCUUUAUCGGGUGGCAUUACUUCUGCGUCAUGAGAAAAAGAGGAGGGGGAAAAGCUUACAGCGCACUGAUAUAGUAGGACUGAUAUAAUAGAUAACCUGAUAGGCGUGCUUAACAAGGUCAAUGUUGUAGAUGUACAAACUUUAAGAUCUUCGUGCCAUUUAGGAACGCGAUUUGAGGCUGGCAGGACUAGUACAGAUAACCUGUGGAACAUUCUUGUAGGUAUUGCUGACUCGCAAAAGAACAACAAAGUUUUAACAUCUUAUAUACAUUUCAGUCAAUACAUUAUGUUAAUUGUUCAAUAAAAAAAACUAUUCUUGAAUUCCUUUUUUUAUAUAAUAAACUUGAGGGCGAUUUCAUAUGGACCAGCUCGAACGCAAUUCCUCUGAAUAAACUGUUACAAACUGACCUGAUUAGCUAUGGUCUUGUAAAAUACGUGCACCCUGACUGUAACACAAUCUACAGUUCAACCAAUGAGAGAAUGGAAAUUUUCGGUUCGACCAAUGAGAGAUGGCUACAUGUCCGUCUGAUAUUUGCAAUUUUCUAUUAUCAUUUCACAUUUCUAAGUCAUACUGGUUGGUGGGAGGGGCUUUUGGAUCGGUCUGGAAAACAAUAAGGGCCACAUAUGAAAUAUCAGUCGACUCGAUUGCGACUUGCGUACCUGUUACAACCAUUGCAAAAUAAGCACCGAUCAGAGCGCUCGUUUCACACAACGUUACUAUCAAUUGAAA